ACAGAUUGACUACUGACCCACCGGCCAGAGGACCGUCCAGUCUGCCAGGCUCUCCUCGUGCCAUGUCUGGUUCUUCCAGCGUCGCCGCUAUGAAGAAGGUGGUCCAGCAGCUCCAGCUGGAGGCCAGGCUCAACCGUGUGAAGGUCUCUCAGGCUGCCGCAGACUUAAAACAGUUUUGUCUGCAGAAUGCUCAACACAACCUCCUCCUGACCGGAGUGUCUUCAAGUACAAAUCCUUUCAGACCCCAGAAAGUCUGUUCUUUUUUGUAGUAAAAUGAAUCUUUGAAAGUUUUCCCAAGCCAUUUCUCGUGAACCAGUGAAUAUUCAAGAGAGCUAAAUUGGAAGCCUAUACAAAAGCUUUUCCUAUAACACCUGUGCCAUUAUAUGUAAAACUUUUACUUUUGUCAGUCCUUAACAUCUACCUCUCCGGAUUUUCAUAAAUUUCUAUUUCACAGAAUAAUUUUAUACACACUGGCAUCAGCAUACAAUAAAAUGCUUAGUA